AUGGCUCUGAUCAUCGUCUCGGGACUGGCAUCGUCGGGGCGCUCUGCGCGCUCUGCGCAGAUCAAGGAGGACUUCGAGCGGCGCAUCCAGGAAGCUGCUUCGGCCGGCUCGACUUCCUCACAGCCUCUGCCGAACCGCGUCGUGAUCGUGUCGGACCACGACAUCCACGUCUCGCGCUCCGCCUACUCUUCGCAGCGCACCGAAAAGCCCGCUCGCGCUUCGUACCUCUCUGCAGUCACACGCGCUCUCGGUAGGGAUACGAUCGUGAUUGCCGAUGGCGGCGCGGGGCUCAACAUCAAAGGAUUCCGCUACCAGCUGUGGUGUGCCGCACGCGAGGUAGGCGUUCGCUGCCUCUCGGUGCACGUCCACGCGCCCCCCGCCGUAUGCAAGUACUGGAACACAACACGAAGAAGUCAACAAGGAGAAAGCGCCAGCUAUGAUGACGAGACCCUCGAUAGCCUGCUGAUGCGUUUCGAGGAACCCAAUGCAAUGACGCGCUGGGACUCGCCCCUCUUCCUCGUUCCCACUACAUAUUCCGGCUCAGCAGAGGACGGCGUAGAUGCGGACAAGAUCGUGGUCGAGGCGGCUCCCUUCGAUGACAUCUGGAACGCCGCUGUAUUGGGCUCGGUCAGCAAAGCGCCCGAAGUGGUCGCACCGACUCGGUCGACCACCGCCAACUAUCUCUCCCUCCUUGAAUCUUUCACACAAGCCGUCGUAUCGUGCAUUCUUCAACACCAGUCAUCGCUUGGGCUGCAACCCGGAACAUCUGUGCCGAUCUCACACGAGAGCUUCGGCGGCGCAAAGUUGGACUUCACUCCACCGAGCGACAAGCCCGUGACGCUCGCUUCGCUGCAGCGAAUUCGACGCCAGUUCGUCCGCAUGCACAGCUCCGGCUCGGCCCAGAUCAACCAACUCGGCAAUGCGGCCCGCGAAGAAGGCGUCCACUUCAGCCUCACCUCCAAAAAACAAAACGCACAGUCCGCUGUGCAACAGCCGCAGUCGACAGAAUACGCCAUCGCAAAGCGAUUCCUUGCCUUCCUCCAAACCGCCCUCUAG